AUGUCCGUCAAUCCCAGCAAAUGCUCUAUGAUAACAUUCUACCGACCAAAGUCUCCAGCUGAAUACCAGUACCUGAUCUCAGGUAUUCAAAUUCCAAAAGUCAAGAAAACAAAGGAUUUGGAUGUUUACUUUGAUAGCGACAAGAGCUUCUCAAGCUACAUCGACAGAAUCUGUAGUAAGGCCAGUAAAAUGAUAGGCUUCAUCGCACGUUUCUCAAGAGGAAUCAACAACCCAGUUGCUCUUCGAUCACUCUAUUGUGCACUCGUCCGUAAACUUCUUGAAUACGCCAGCCCUGUCUGGUCCCCUUAA